CGUAGUUUGAUUUGGCCAAAGUCAUGAAAGUAGAACUAAACAAGCACACCAAGACAUAGUCUAGAGCGAAAGAUUGGGCAUUUCUUGAUUUCAGAAUGGAUUUUUCGUACUCCUACAAGAAGAAGGGCCUAGGUCUGGAUGCGAGAGAGAAAAGAUUCUUGCGAGUGAAGCGACGUUCUGUAGAUCAGCGGCUGCAGCGCGACGAAACAUACAUGAAACAUCGAGACAUCGGGUCCCUGACGCCACUUAAGGAAAACACAGACGAGAACGUCCAGAAGAAUAUCAGUCAGCCAACAGCAAAGACAAGACAGGGGAAAAGUGCAGCUGUACAGAAGGCAGCUAAGCCAACAGCUGAUGUCCAGGCGGUAGCAUCCACCAAGGCUGAGACGGCAGGAACCUUGGCAAGAAGGGAGAUGCUGCAGAAAUGGAAAAGGGAGAAAGAGCUGAAGAAGAAACUUGCUCUGGAGAAGGAGAAGCAGAAACCCAUGUUCAAGGUUUACAAAGUCACCCAUGACAAGAGGCCCACCAACUUGUCUGUGGUCAAGGCACCGGUGCCGACCAAACCCCAGGUACAGAAAGACACUCCAGCGCUGCAACGGCGAGUCACACGAGCAUUAACUAAAGCUGCCAGUAGCAAGUCUGUAACCAGCCAGUCCAAACCAAGUGCCCCUGUUACGGCUGCCCCAGCCAAACGAGUGACUCGGCAGUCAGCUAGACUGGCAUCAAAAAGUGAAGAUCAAAAAGAGAACCGUCAAGCCCAGAAGACCAAGCCAGCUGCCAAGACGAGCAUCGAGAAAACCAAGGCACCUGUCACUGAACCCACCGCACCUCCCCCAGUUGAGCCCACCAAGCUACCCUCCCCUACCUCCACCCAGCAUGUAACCAGCGAGAGGGGGAAUUUCUUCCAGUUCCCCGACAUCCAGCCCUCAUUUGCACCAGCCAACUUCACCUUCAACUUUCAGUUUGAGCCCAUGAGCCCCGCCAGCACCCAGAACUUUCUCUUCCCCGAGACAGCGUUGCGAAAAGGAAGGUGUUCUACUCCUAGAUCAGCGAGCCGACGGAAGCGAGCUACCUCCCCUCAGCCGCUGGAGAUCUCGGCCAUCCACUCCCCCAAGAAAUCUCUGCUGCAGGAUCCGCCCCCGCAGAACAAAAAAGAAGAUGUGUCCUAUUUCCGAGACCUGCUAGUGACAGAGACUACCAAGUUGAACGACCUCUGCAGCAAGUGGGAAGCUGUGCAGAGGGACACAGACCUGAGUGACGAUGUUAGUGGCGAGAUCCGUUGCACCAUCGGCAAGGCUCAGCUACUCAUUGACCAGAGGUUUAAGCAGUUCUCAGGCCUGGUAGAUAACUGCGAGUUUGGGCUGGGAGAGAAGAAAACUCAUUGCUCAGAUCUGACUGGCUUCUGGGACAUGAUCUACUUCCAGGUGGAAGAUGUCUUGGGGAGGUUUGCGUCUCUGGAUCAACUCCAAGCCAAUCACUGGGCUAGGGAGGAGACAAAGGUGGAACCUGCAAGGACCAAGAAGAUCGUCAAGAAGGCCAAACUGGUCACCAAGAGCCAAUCCAACAAGGAUCGGGAGGCAGCCAGGGAGCGUCUAGCGGCUAUCAAGGCCACAAUGAAGGCCAGACAGACGCGGGCCAAAGCGGCCGAGCAGGUGGUGUUUGAAGGCGGGUUCUUCAAGGUUGAGAGCCCAGUGCGCACCCCUGCCAGUCACUGUGAAGCUGGUUCCCCGUUCAAAGUUCGACCAUCCCACACCAGUGGCAGCAAUGCCAACACCCCACUUGCACAGGGAUACACACCCAAGAAUGCACGGAGGUCGAUACAAGGCAAGCUAUGCGGCACGCUUAGCAAGUUAGUCCUCGGGGAGGUUACUGCACCUGUCAGCAAAUCGGCCAUGCCCGUCAGUAAAGUGACCACGCCCCUCAGUAAAGUGGCCACGCCCUCCAGCCAAACAGCCAUGAAGAAUAUUACAAUGACCAUACCUGACAAAAAGGUGGCCACACCUGUUGGCGAAAUAGCCAUGGCUGAAAGCCAGGUGGCCACACCCUUGAAAUUGGCCACACCCUACAGGACAGACUCCAGGGAGGAUGAUUCUUCCAGUGUCUCCACCUCACAUACAUGUAAAGAUGAUGAAACUCAGAACCUUCUGACUAAGUACCUUCAACCCUCCGUGCUCUCCAUUGUUGAUCUCAACCAGGAGGCAGAAAAACUCAUGCAGACCGAACCUCAGCAGCAACUAGCUGAUCUCGGGGUCCGGUCACAACUUUCCAAUACACCACGCACCAGGAGUCGAUCUAGGAGCUCUGUGCUACUUCCAGGACUCAACAGCCCUCAUCUUUGUAGGACACCCACAGCAUUUGGCAAGGUGAGCUUCUCCAGUGUCUUCACACCACCUCCUGGGUCCUGUACCUCUACGUCUCAGGUCGGGGGCGAUCUCAUCCACUUUGACUCCCCAGCACCAGUCACCUCGGUUGCGGAAGCCCCAAGUGCAGAGUCUUUAAGUCUGCCAAAUUCCCGACCAGCCCCUCCCACGGACCUGAAUGGUGAUGCCGUCAAAGCCACUGUCCGUCGCUCCAUCCGUCUGCGCCAUCACUCGGCUUGUUCCCCGCAAACAGCCACCCACACUCAGGCUAAGGUAGCCAAGUCCGCAUACAGACCCAACCUGUCCAUGAUGUAAUUUGCCUUGUGACUUGUUUCUGGCAAAUAGCAGACUUGAAUUCCUUUCUAUAACCGAGGUGGAGUUUUUACAUUGUAUCCCAUUAUCACAAAAGUACCUCUUGUGUAAAAACUAGUAUUUCGACUUCAUAUUUGCAGUGACUUGUACUUACCUAAAACAUUUAUCUAUUAACAAAUUUUAAGCAAUUAUGUCCAGAUUAUUAGUUUUUAAAUGCAUGUGAUAGUUAAGUGUUUUUUUGUUAUAUCAGUAAAUUCUACUCAUUUCGUUUUGUUUAAGUAUACAGUACUACCUCUGUGAUCCGUUAUUGAGGUUGUGCUCCACAUUGAUCAGAAAUGUACAAAAGUCAAGAUGCUUGUGGAUUUUAAAACAAUAUUGUAAUUGAAUGCAAGACAUUGGACCAGAUGCAUGAAUAUACGUAUAUACUGUAAGUUGAUUUACUUAGCCUAUGGCAUAUCCAGGCUUUGGGUGAGGGGUUGAAAUGGAGGUUUUUUAAGAGAAAUCAAUAAUAUUCCCUCAAAGAAUUAGGCAAUGUGCCUAAAGGGGCCAAUUUACUUCCCUAUCACCGUUAGAUAUGCCUCUUUCGUGUGCCUAGAGCUUUCCAGUCCAACACCUGUGAUGUCUUAGAUGGCAUUUCAUUUCAAAGAUCUCGGAUAUCCCAGACUUGAAUGAAUGUCAAUAGUGUUCGGAUUGUUUCUCCACAACAGUUUUAUACACUGUAUGUGUACAUGUAAUCAGAGCUGUACAUAAGAAAGUUGAGACAUGAGUGUCUCAAUUGUUGGAACCAAAAUGGUGGAUUAUGAGUCAGUGCAUGUGGACAAUUAGCACACAGUAGGCAAGCGCUGUACCUCACACAUAAUGAACAGCCAUUUUGUUUCCAAAGUCUGAAGUUGGCACUAUACUCUCUAUGUACAGCUCUGCAUGUAAUGUCACUGUCAAUCCUUUAGUAAAAAGUUCUGGUUUUUUUUUAAUCAGUAAUGAUACAGUUAUGACUUUUUUAAAGUAUGCGUAGUAUUUGAAUACAAUCAUGAGUCUCAGGUUGAGUUCUAUAGUCAGUAUUUGCCAAACGUGGAUGAUGGCCACACAUGAAUCUUGUGGCUAAAGCUGUCUGAGUUUUUCUUGGUUGUAAAUAUGUAGGUAUAUGUGCUGACAGUAGACAAAGCCUGUAGCUCUGGAUGUCCGUUUCCGACUUCGCCGAUCGCUGAGGGCCAACUUUGCGUUUAAAUUCAGUAUGGCUUCAUCAGAACAAUGUGGAAAAGUUGAUAUUGAUAGUUGCACCAACAGAAAGCAGGACAGGUUUUAAGUCAUAUUUUGUUGCUGUCAAUAGAUGAUCAGUUAUAAACAAGUAAUAUGGUUCUGCAGAAGUUUUGUCUGAGUAAAUGGUGUAAUGUUCUUCGAAGUUAAAAAUCUCCUCAAAUCAAGAACAUUUUGAGUAACUUUUCAUCAUUCUGUGUUGGCCCCGUUUUAUUUAAAACCUGAUUAUUUCUGUUCCUAAGACAUUAGUAUUAUUGAAUGGUAAAGGUUUGUUAAUAAACUUUAAAUGGUCGUGUAUCAUUGGAA